GUGUGUUGGAGUGAGUUCAGUCGUGUCUUGUGUUCAUAGUGUUACAGGAGAAAUCCCAUCUGUUACAGCUCAGUGUUAUCAGGGUUGAGAUCUCAAAGUCUUUCAUGUGUUUGUGUGUGCAGAACAAACAUUCAUCUUCCUGAAGCUGAUCUGAGUUUUACUACUGAACCAUCACCAUGAGGAGAAACACAUGUUGCUUAUACACCACUGGGAUUAUCAGCGUCCUCCUUCUCAUCGCUGGAAUCGUCCUGUUUGUGUCUGGACUUUUCCAGAAUAUGAUACACAACAAAAUAAAGAAGGAGGUGACUCUGACAGAAGGUAGUAAAAUCUUUGCCAACUGGAAAAAUCCACCUCCUCCGAUUUUCCUAGAGUUCUUCUUCUUCAAUAUUACCAAUCCAGAUGCCUUCCUGAAAGGAGAAGCUAAACCUCAAGUUACUGAAAUGGGUCCAUACACCUUCAGACAAUACAGGCCCAAAGAAAAUGUGACUUUCGUGGACAAUGGAACAAAAGUUUCUGCUUACACAACAAAGUAUUUCGUCUUUCUCCCCGAGAGGUCAGUCGGAGACCCCGAUGUAGAUCUGGUGACCACGGUGAACAUCCCAGCUGUGGCCGUGAUUAAUAAAUUCAAAGAUGCAGGAUUUUUUUUGCGCUCAGGCAUAUCGAUGUAUAUCAACUCGCUCGGCACAACCAUGUUCAUGACGCACACGGUGAAUGAGAUGCUGUGGGGCUUUAAGGAUCCGCUGCUCACUAAACUCAAAAUCAUGAGGCCGGAGGUGGACGAGAACUUCGGUCUCAUGUACAAGAAAAAUGGCAGUAAUGAUGGAGAGUUUGUGUAUCACACCGGAGAGCAAAACCAUCUGGACUUUGGUCGCAUUUACAGCUGGCAGGGGCAAAAAAAGUUGUCGUUCUGGAAAACCAAUCAGAGUAACAUGAUCAAUGGAUCCGACGGAAGCGCCUUUCAUCCGUUUCUGGAUAAAAACGAGCGUGUGAAUGUCUUCACAUCCGACCUCUGCAGGUCCAUCCACAUGCUGUUUGAGAAGGAAGUGAAAGUUAAAGGAAUCCCUGCUUAUCGCUUCACGCCGCCUCGUGCCACACUGGCCAGUGGAAAAAACAAUCCUGAAAAUGAAGGAUUCUGUGUUACGCAAGACAAAUGUCUGGAUGACGGUGUGGUGGAUGUGUCUGUCUGUCGUAACGGAGCUCCUGUGGUCGUCUCAUUUGCUCACUUUAACUUGGGUGAUAAGAAGUACUCGGAAGCCAUCGAAGGCGUUUCUCCAUUACACGAGCGUCAUCAGACGUUUCUGGAUCUGAAUCCUACGAUGGGCUUGCCUGUGCGUGCCAUGAAGCGAGCUCAGAUCAACAUCCGUCUGGAGAGAAUAACCGGCUUUCCUUUGACCAAGAAUCUGAACAACACCAUCUUCCCUAUUGUGUUCAUGAAUGAGUCUGUGUUGAUCGACGACGCGUCGGCUGCAAGGAUUCAGAAGCUGUUGUUGAUCGUGACUCUGGUCACAUAUUUCCCGCUUAUCUUCGUGGCUCUGGGAGUCAUUCUGCUCUUCAUCACCAUCAUCCUCUACAUCCGAACCAAACAACAUAAGCCUUCAUCUGCACAGAAAGACACAGCGUACACACCUGUAAGUGCCAAACCAGACGACCCAGAGGAGAAGAACGGAACCUACAUCGGACUAACACCUGUGGAUUUACAAAAGUCUUAAAUAUCUGUGUGUGCGUGCACGUGCGUGUGUGAUUGUGUGUGCGUGCGUGUUUCUGUAUGUGUGUGUCUGUGUGUGUGUGUUACUAGUUUUUAAGGUCAUGUGUCAUGUGUGUAAGAGAUGUAAGAUUUCUUCACUUUUAAGAUUGAAGCACAAUGACUUUAAUUCUGCACUGGAGCUGUACAUUACAGUGCAUUUAUUCAUUCAUCAUCUGAACAUGAAUGACUGAAGAGAUUGAUGAAUGUGUACCUGUAUGUGUGCGUCAGGUGAUGAAGGUUUGAUGUGAAUCUGCACUGUUCAGAAUGAAGUAUUCAGCAUCUGUUUUAUAAAAGUAUUCAGUCUCUAUUUUAUUCAUCAGGACUGUAGCUAACAUGUAAACUAGAUUUGCGUUUUUUUAAAAGUGAAGUGCUUUUAGCGUAUGACAGACUGCAUCCACUGAAGACUGAAGCAAUUGUGCCUUUUUAUCUUAAUAAUUUAUGAUUUAUCUAAAAUACUAAAGUUAAAGUUGAAUUAUUUGGGAUUUGCUGUCAUGUAGGGAAAUCAAUACUUUAAUGUCCUUAGUCAUUUCAUUCACAAUACUAAUCAACUCAUAAUUAUGUUCAUUUAAAUGUGUUAUUUUCAGAAUGCUGAAGUUUCGGAAUGAUUUGAAAAAGUCUUUUAUUUCAAUGCUCAAGUUUUAAAAUGAAGUACCAAGAUCUGCUAGCAUUACUAGACCGGAUGGCAGAAAAGCUGCAAUUGUUUUAUUGUUACUGAAUUCAUAUUUCAGAAAACUUUCUGAAGUCUUCACAAGAAUUGUUUUUAAUUAUCAAUCUGUAUAUUUUCAUAUUUGGAGGUAGCAGAUCAAGUUGUGCGUUCAGUUUUAAUGUGUUUAUUUUGGCUUUUUCAUCAUAACAAGAAUUAAUAAAGUCACAUCAUAUUAUCACAUAAAUAAGGGUUUAUUAUGAUAUUGCACUUAUAUGUACACUAUUAAUGAUUGUUUCUAAUUCAGUUAAUGCUUGUUUAUAUUGUUUUCCUGACAUGCCAGAUAUGAGUUCAAUCCAUGAUUUGUUUUAUAGAUGAUUUAUAGUUGACUUCAAAAUCAAUUUCACAUCAAACCCAUAUUUACUGUAGUAUUUAUAAAGUUAUUACAAGCAUCUGACCUUAAGUUCAAGCACAAAAAAUGUCUGUAUAUGAGCCAGCAGAAGUAACAUUCAGGUGUUUCCCUUUCAGGUAUCUUGAUAUCAACUGAAUCUCUCCAGCUGUUAGAUUUCUGUGUUUCUAGAUAUAUUAAGACUGCACAAAUAAUUGUACAGUUUUGUAUAUAAAUUAAACUAUUUUCCUGUGGAUUUAUAAGAAAAUCCAAUAAAAAUACGUUCUGAAAGACA